GGCGUCGCGAUGCCUUCAGACGCGAGAUACGCGCACAACUGAAAAUGUUAACGCGCUCUGCCGGCUUCUUUUAUUCUCUUAACGACAUUUAUCUCAUUGAACGACGUUGAUCCGUCGUCGAUCUUUAUUUGACAAAGAAGAGCGAUUAAGUGUGACAGACUUUAUUUUCUUUUUUUCACGUGAGAAACUCUCGUACUAUUUAUUCGUUGUUAUUUUUAAACGACGAUUGUUCAAGACACAGAAAAAAGAAAACGUUGUCUUUGAUCCCGUGGAGGAUGUAAAUGAGAAAGAAGAUACUUAGGAAGACUUUUCGGUGACAAGUGAAACGGACACUCGAGUGAUCUCGAAUAAUAAAUAAUCUACCGUGAAGAAAAAUUGAGAAGGAGCGAGAAAAGGGAGAGAGAAAGAGAGAGAAAGAGAAGAUUCGACGUUUAGCUUGUGCAGUGAAUCCCUUCGUGAUAAUUUAUUCAUCUCUCCGAUCGUGAUGAAGCUGCACGAGAAGAAGGAAUCGGGUAUCCACAGGAUACAAGAGGUACCGCUCGAGGAAUUGGAUCUGGCAAAAGAGUACAAUGUCGAGAAGACUUUAGGCGAGGGUAGUUUUGCCAAGAUUCUUCUUGCAAUGCACAGGGCAACACAAACGAGGGUGGUCCUAAAGGCGGUCCAUCAGGAACUCACCACCGAAAAGGAUUUCUUUCGGGAAUUCCAUUAUUCCUAUCAUCUCAGUCCACAUCCCAGUAUACUCUGUUCUUAUGCAGUCGCCUUUAAGGCCGAGAAAUGUUAUUUCUUCGCCCAGGAAUACGCGCCGUUCGGGGAUCUGUCCGGAAACGUGAAAGCCGGAGGAUUAGGCGAGGACGCCUGUAAGAGAAUCGCCGGACAAUUGGCUUCGGCUCUCGACUUCCUUCAUUCCAAGCAACUGGCCCACCGAGAUAUUAAACUCGAAAACGUGCUGGUUUUUGCACAAGACAUGUCCAAGAUAAAGCUCUGCGACUUUGGUAGUACGAAACGCGAGGGUAGUCUAGUGAACAAAAUUAGAUGCACCUGGGUACCAUUUCAGCCGCCUGAAAUCUACGAGGUUAUCAAGAACGAAAGGUACGCCUGCAAGAGAAGUGCCGAUUGCUGGCAAUUCGGCAUAGUCCUCUUCGUUUGUCUGACGGGCAAUCCACCCUGGCAGAGUGCCGACCUGAUCCAGGAUCCGGAUUAUUCGGCUUUUCAAAGAUGGCUCAAAAGACGUACCACCAAAAUACCACCAACUUUCAGACGUUUCACGCCACGACUUUUGAGGUACUUUAGGCGAGCCUUCGAGCACAAACCUGAGAAAAGACCGCACGUGACGGAAAUCAAUAAAUACCUAAAAGAUUCUUGGUGCAUCAGCAAAAUCAGUCACAGUGCUACAUCGACGUCGGUCGAUGUAAACGAAAGUCUAGCCAGGAGAGGCGACAGCCUUCUCUAUUUGGACACGAUCGUGGACGAUCGUCACAACGUCGACGAGAACAAAAACAAAUUGAGAAAACUGUUAAACAGUUACGGUCUCGAGACAACGGUCGACCAGAAAGUUGUCACAAAGAGGAUCUGGGAAUGGGUGAUGCAAUGCGAUUCUACUAUCCACGAUCCCAGUUUCAUAGGUGGAUUUGGUACGGAGAAUAUGUGAGAGAUGGUUAAAUCUUUCAGCGAACCCUGCUUGCAGAGUAUCAAGCAGGAACGCAAGUACAGCCUGGCAGAUCUCGACGUGCAAGUCGAACGUGCUAAAUAAUGCCUUUAUGGCGAAUAAGCUUAGUAAGCUAUCGAACUGCAUUAUCCAUGACGUGGACGUCGAGUGCAAUUUUAUGCAUCGAUCACAUUUCCAACGUGUUCAGUAAUACCUCGUGUGAUAGACUUUAUCGACGGACCGAUAAUCGAUGAACUCUUCGCGUCUUUCGAGAUCGUUCAAGGGCGAUACCGAUAAAAACCAUGACGAGGUCGUAAGGUCGCGCGAUGCAAGAGUGUACGAGUGACUUUAUCGAUGAUGCAAGAAGAAGACGAAGGAGAGAGAGAGAGAGAGAGAGAGAGAGAGAGAGAGAGAAGAGACAGCUAUUUCACAUCUUCUCUAUAUCUUUCUUUCUCUUUUUCUUUCUCAUUAGUUGUACGAAAGAGUCUAGUCAGUAGAUAAAAAUGAAUGUGAUAUAGAGGAUGUAGUGAUCGUGACACUAUAAGGAUAACGAAGUGUCAGCAUGCCAGCCAAAGAGACAAUAAUAAAUGUCAGAUGAAACUUAAUAGUCAAAUACCUGUGUCCUUGUAAUCAGUAAACCGUAGAGAUGAAAUGCGGAUUUUCCGCGAUUGAGCACGAAUUUUUAUCGGUCGCACAAAACUUUUCCUUUUCUUCGUGUUCAUUCUCUUUUGCACGCGAUCGAGGUCAAGGUAUCAAUUAGUAUCCUAAAAUAUUCACAAGAAAAAUGACGCUUCGACGAUUGGAUAUAAUUACUAUUCGAAUACUAUAGAGGUUCUUUUGAAAUUAUAAUCAAUAUGAUAUCUUUCGAAUUCUAUCAAAGUAUUGCAAACAAGUUAACCCGAAUAUUUAAACAAAAAAUUCAGUAAACAUUAAAUAUCUUGACUAGACAGUUUUAUUGUAACGAGUAUGUAAUUUUCAAAAGCAUUUCGAAAAAAAAAGCUCCUAUAUCAGAUAAAAUGAAAGGACAAAGCAAAACGGAUGCUGCAAAAUCGACUAGGAAGUUUGAUUGUUGUCUAAUCGAUAGAAAAUGCAUAUAUAUAAAUAUAUAUAUAUAUAUAUAUGUAUACGUACACACAUACACACACAUUAUACAUAUAUUCUUGUAGGAAUUUAUAGUAAGAUGUAGAAAAGUAUGAGGAUGAAAAAUCUAGUAACGUUGUUCUUUAACGACGAUUGUAUAUAGAAAAGAAAAAUUAGAGAGUAACUCUGCCUAAAAUACAAAUGUCCGAAUGCCGAACGUGUGUGCACCGAAAAAAGAAGAAAAAGAAAAAGACAAAGAAAUAAGAAAAAAAAAAAAAAGAAAAGAAAAGAAAAAACAAGAAGAAAAUAGAAUGCAAUCGUUAAUCGAGAAUCGCGAGAAAAAUGACGAAUGGCAUUUUUGGUGCCGACUAGUAAGUACCUAUCGCUCCAAAAUUAAUACUAUCUUUUAUAUACGCUAUUUAAUUACCUAGCAUAUGACAAUUGGAUUAUAUUUUGUCGUAAAAAUUUUGAUCGACUUUUCGACGAUUAUAAAUCCUAUCUCUCAGCAUGCAUAAAUAUUUCUUGAUACUUAUACUCUUCAAAUACAAACUCACAAAUAACAUCUUGACGCGUCAUGCAAUGAGUGGAUUGAUUGACACCAUUGCAAAGCAUCUUUACAUACUGGCUAAAAGAGGAAAAAGAAAGAAAACAGGGGGGAAAAAAAAAGAAAAUAAGAAGAAAUAAAAUUGAAGAAAAUAAAAAAAAAAAAAGGAAAAAAAAACAGAGCUAAAAAAAAAAAGAGAAAAAAUAAACAAGCUUCGCGUCAAUUCGUUCCUUGUUGUACUUCGUGGGUCCAAAAGUGAAUCGGGAAUAAAAUAAGACGUAUUUGUGAUAAUAAAAGUACGUAGGAACGACUUUGCAAGAGGCUAUCUUAGUGUUAACGUUCGGUUUUCGGAUCACUAACAAAAUAAAUACAUCCUUAUUGCUAUCGAUGAGCUAUAGACUGGGAUAUUAGAAAAGCUGUAAGAAAAAUGCCUCAUGACCAUUCAUCGUUUCUAUUUUCAAUGCUCGAAUAGUGUAUAUUAAAUACUAUAUCGAAUGAUUGCGAGUCAAAAUCGAUGACGAACCCUCGUAAUAAUUAAUCCGUUAGAUUGCUCCUCAUUAAUUGGCAUUAAUGUUAAUUUUUUUUAUAUUCAUCGAUAUGUAUUACUCAAUGAACUUGCAAUUAAGAGAUCACAUAAAUGUGUGAUGUCAGAGCCAAUUAAUAAGCUUAUAUAAUGUUUCAUUGUAUAUCAAUUUGUGUUGGUAACUAAUUUUUAAAAAUAUCGACGUCUUUGAUAACGUCCCUAUUUAUUGGCACGACGAGUAUAAUUUUCUUUUUUUUUUUUUUUUUCCUUUUUUCUUACGUACGACCAAAAGAGAAAUUUGCCAAUAUUUUUUGCGCCAAGUUUACAAGGAUUAACGUGUUUCUGACGCCAGCCUAAUUUUGAGAGGUUCGAUGUCAUCGAUUUUUGCACAUUACGCGUACGAAACGUUGGAAGAGAACGAUUAUUGUAAAUAGAUGUGUGAGCGUACGCGUGCCAAACACUCAGGGAUCCCGAAUACGAGGAUUUCCGAACAGGUUUGUCCGCUUUUCGAGCGACAAGACGAUGAUUUAGAUGUAUUAAUACGAAGAAGAAAGUCGAAAGUUUGCGUACACGCGUUUCUACAUUUGUACGUUAAUCCUGAAGAUAUGUUUCAGUAGGCAAAACUCUUUGUAGAUCCUUUCUUAGAAGAAAUUAAACGCAAGAAUUAUUGAUUUUAAAAAUUGCCAAUGAAGAUGAAGUUUGGACUACGUGGUGCGUGGCCUCUGUUAAACGUCAAGCAAUGUUUUGUAUAUAUCGAAAUAAACGUUGAAAUUAUAUAAAACAAUUA